AUGAAUGGACCAGCAGCUUCAAGCCUGCUCUUCAAUUGCUCAAAUCAAUCAAAUUUCGCUUUGGAAACAUCAGAGCAAUGUGGCAAAGAGACACACCUUGAGAACAUGAUUUUUGCCACUUUCUACUUUUUGGACUUCAUCCUAGCUUUUGCUGGCAAUGCCCUGGCACUUUGGCUUUUCAUCCGGGACCAAAAGUCAGGCACACCUGCCAACAUUUUCCUGAUGCAUCUUGCUGUGGCUGACCUGUCCUUUGUGCUGAUACUUCCCACCCGGCUGGUGUACCAUUUUUCUGGUAACCAUUGGCCAUUUGGUGAGAUCCCAUGCAGACUCACCGGCUUCCUUUUCUACCUCAACAUGUAUGCCAGUAUCUAUUUCCUGAUGUGCAUCAGCGUAGACCGUUUCCUGGCCAUUGUGCACCCCGUGAAGUCCAUCAAGCUCCGCAGGUCGCGGUACGCCCACGUGGCGUGUGUCUUUCUGUGGGUCAUCGUUGGUGUGGCAAUGGCACCUCUGCUGCUCAGUGUGCAGACGGUGCACAUGAAAAACACAACUGUCUGCCUGCAGCUCUACAGAGAAAAGGCCUCACGUCACGCCCUCGUGUCCUUAGCAGUGGCAUUCACCUUCCCCUUUGUUACUACUGUGACUUGCUACUUACUCAUCAUCCAGAGCCUGAAGAGUGGGAACAGAGUUGAGAAACACCUGAAGGAAAAAGCUGUCAAAAUGAUCAUCAUGGUCGUGAUGAUCUUUCUAAUUUGCUUUGUACCUUAUCAUGUCAAUCGCUACAUUUAUAUUCUCCACUACAACGGGACCAAAGCCUCCUGUGAGACACAGCGUCUCCUGGCCCUCAGCAACCGCAUCACUUCCUGCCUCACCAGCCUCAACGGGGCGUUCGACCCCAUUAUGUAUUUUUUUGUAGCUGAGAAAUUCCGUGAGGCUCUGUGCAAUCUGUUUUGUAUUAAAAAAACCAUAAUGUUGCCUCAAACGUAUGAGGGAAAGACAAAUGAAAGCUCACUAAGUGCUAAAUCUGAACUGUGA